UUAAGUAAGGAAAUGGAGGCCAUUGGAGCUUUUCUUGAUGAAGAGUGGGAGUCAUUGAGCAAACUGUUUUCCUGUGAAGAUUCAUCAGAUUUUCAGCUUCAUUUUGAUGGCAGCAACUUGUUCUCGGGCAACGGUGAUAGCCCGUCUUCGCCCAUGAUGUUUGCUGCUGCUGAGAAUGUGGCUGCUGCUGAUGGGAGUCUGUUUUUCCCUCUUGACACUAAUUUCUAUUGUGUUUCACAAGAGAGCAGCAACAGCAGCGAGAAUGAUAGCGGCUGUUUCACCUGUCCGGUGGACGUAAACCACCAGGCUGCCAAUGGUGUAAGCUUCGUUCAUGAUUUAACCAAUGACUCAUUUGAGUCAAUGGGAUUUUGCACUAUGGAUGGCGGGAACGAUAGCUUAAUGCUGCCUGUUUUUCCUGAUGAUUUGAUGGAAGAGGUUGUUCAGUUGAAGGAAGACAUUCAUAUCGACCAAAUGGGCAGUGUUGGAAUUCAGCCUGUAGACAACGGUGAAUCUAUGCUGCAGCUCAAGAAGAAGUAUGAAGCAGCCGAAAUCCAGACUCAGGACAAGGGAUGUGAUAAUUCAUCUGAUCAAAGUCCUAAGAAAAGACCUCGGGUUUCAAGAGAUGCACAAAAAAAUAAGAGACCUCCCGUGUCGAAAAAGAACAAGAAAGCAAUGCAAAUUAGCAAUGAAGAAGAAGAAAACUAUGUUGGAGGUAAUGGGCAGAGCUCAAGCCCCUGCAGCUCUGAGGAGGACUGUUCCAAUGCUUCCCAAGAACUCAACGAAUCCAAACAAUCGGCCUCAAAAGGCAAAGCAAAGGUCACCAGGGGUGCAGCAACUGAUCCUCAAAGCCUUUAUGCAAGGAGAAGGCGAGAACGAAUUAAUGAGAGACUGAGGAUCUUGCAGAAUCUUGUUCCCAACGGAACAAAGGUUGACAUUAGCACAAUGCUGGAAGAGGCUGUCCACUACGUAAAGUUCUUACAGCUUCAAAUCAAGUUACUAAGUUCGGAUGAUCUAUGGAUGUAUGCUCCCAUUGCUUACAAUGGAAUGGACAUUGGGCUAUACCAGAAGGUUCUUCCAAAUCUAUGGCCUCACAAUUAAGCUAACAACAACCAGAACGG